AUGGACACAGAGAGCAAUACUUUCUGGUGUAGGUUACUGCGUGCAAAAUAUGAAAAUGGUAUUUCUAUGAGGAAAUCUUCCAACUGGUGGAAGGAUCUCCAUCUCUUAUGCUUUGGUAGUAGGGAGGGAAAAUGGUAUGAAGAGGGUGCUCAUCGUAAGGUAGGGGACGGGGGUGAUAUUAAUUUCUGGUAUGAAAAAUGGAUUGGGGAUGCCUCUUUGUGCUGUUUGUUUAGGCCACUUUACCAAGUUUCUGCCCAGCAGAAUCACAAAGUGAAGGACAUGGGCGUAUGGAGUGCAGCAGGGUGGUCUUGGAACUUUUGUUGGGUUUCCCCUUUGAACAUGGAACAGGAACGACUUCUUGUGGAUCUACAACAGCUGAUAUGUAAUUUUGUUCCCAAACUAGGUUGUCCUGAUUCUUGGAAGUGGGUACCAGACCAAUUUGGAAUAUACUCAGUAAAAUCUGCUUAUAUGCUUUUAUCUGGGAGUGUUCCUGUUCAAGGGGAUAAUAUGUUCAGGUUGUUGUGGUCUCUCAAAGCUCCAUCGAAUGCGAUUGCAUUAGCUUGGAAGGUGUUGAUUAACAGGAUCCAAACAAAGGUGAACUUGAAUCGUAGGGGUAUUGUCUUAAAUAGCGCAUGUCCUCUAUGCUUAACAUCUGAUGAGAGUACUGAUCAUCUUUUCUUCUCCUGUCCAAUUGUGUGGAAGGUUUGGUCGAAGAUUUCAGCGUGGUUUGGCGUCUUUUCAGUCCUCCCAGCAGACAGUUCUGGUCACUUUCUGCAACAUUUGGGAAUAUUGGGAUCUUUAAAGAUUAGAAAAGGGGGUUGGGUUGUGUGGCUUGCUGUUAUAGUGUGCAUUUGGCAAGGGAGAAAUUCUGUGGUUUUUAGAAAUAUGCAAUUUGAUGCUAAUGCAGUUUUUGAUUUGGUUCAAUUCAAAGCUUGGAGUUGGCUCAAGGCUAAGGUGCGCAGCUUCCAUUAUUCUCUUUUUGAAUGGAUCUCAAAUCCUCAAGAGUGCCUACAGGGAGUGUGA